GUUGCUGAAUUCCUGCUAAAAGAAGCUUUCUCAAAUUUUACAAAGACAUCUGUGAAAUUUUAUGCAGUUUUUUUCACGGUAAACCACAACAUUUUUCUAAGUGCUCAGUAUCUUGCAUUAGAAAAAAGCAAGAUACUUAAGACACUUUCCGUGACAGUUUUUACAUGUUCUUCUUGAGAGACCUACGAACUCCGCAACAGGUACACAAUAUCUGGCUUUCAUAGAAAACAAAUGGAUCCUCUUCCAUCUUGCUGGGCACUGUAGAAGAAGCUUGGCUCUUUCUUGAGCGAUGAGGACCAACUUAGGAGAGAUGAAAGAUAAAGAUAAAGAAAGGUAAAGUUCUCUUCUACCAUUGGAAAAAAAUAUAAAAUUUCUAGAGCCCAUCUCAUAACACUCCCUUAAGUCAAGAGGCCAGGAUGGAAGCUGAGAAUGCCACCUCUGUUAAGGAGUUCAUUUUACUAGGACUGGCCAGCCAAAGAAAAAUCCAGCUUCUCCUCUUUGUAGUCAUUCUCCUUGUCUACUUGCUUACAGUUCUGGGGAAUCUGCUGAUCAUCAUCGUGGUCCAGACUGAUGCUCAGCUCCACAUUCCCAUGUACUAUUUUCUCUCACAUUUUGCAGGGAUAGAAAUAUGUUAUGUUACCAGCACCAUGCCCCUCAUGUUUACCCAUCUUAUGACUGGAAAUGGAGUCAUCUCUUUUGCACUCUGCACCAUCCAGAUGUAUGUCGCAUUAACCAUGGGUAGCAUGGAGUCCUUUCUCUUGAGUGUCAUGGCCUAUGACCGCUGCCUGGCCAUCUGUUAUCCCCUAAUUUAUGCUAUUGCUAUGAACAAGCAAACCCAGUUGCAGUUUGCUUUAGCCUGCUGGAUCAUUGCUCCUGUGCUCUCUGCUGUUUGUGUUAUCUCUCUUGUUUGUCAAACUUAUUGUGGUCCCAACCAGAUCAACCACUUCAUAUGUGAGUUGCCAAUGGUACUGAAACUUGCAUGUGAUGAUACACGAAUAAGCAAGCUUAUAAAUUUAGCUAUAGGAGCAUUAGGUAUUCUGGUUCCUCUAUCAGUUAUUCUGACCACCUAUGGGUGUAUAAUUUAUUCUGUCUCACAUAUGAAGUCAAAUGCUGGAUGGCGCAAGGCUUUCUCUACCUGUGGCUCCCAUUUGAUUGUAGUCAUUUUGUUUUAUGGAACAAUUAUCUGUAUGUAUAUUAUUCCAAAGUCAGCUUCAUCUCCUGAUCAUGAUAAACAAAUUGCAGUCUUCUAUGUUGUGGUUACCCCUCUACUCAACCCCAUAGUUUAUACCUUGAGGAACAAGAGCAUACAUAAGGCUGCAUCCAAGAUGUUGCUUUGGAAUUGUGAUGUUGGACAAGACUGCAAGGAGAUCAAAUCAAUCAAUCCUAAAGGAAACCAACCCUGACAGUUGAAGUUGAAGCUCAAAUAUUUGGCCACCAAAUAAGAAGAGCAUACUCAUGGGAAAAGAAACUGAUGUUUGGAAAGAUUGAAAGCAAAAGGAGAAGGAGACGGCAAAGAAUGAAAUGGUUUGACAGUGCCAUUGAUUUAAUGAACAUGAAUUUUGGUAAACUCUGAGAGACAGCAGAGGACAGGGGGACCUGGGAUUGUGAAGAGUUGGAAACAACUGAGCAACUGAACAACAACAUUAACAAUGUUAUCAUUAUAGAUGAUCAUUAUAACGCCAGAAUGCUUUUAAUGUGAAUUUGUCUAACUAUGAAGUCAAGCCAAGAAUUCUAUAGAUGAACUAUCUCUCAUCCUUUUCACAUGACUUUUGUAGUAAAAAUAAUAAAUUAAAAUACUGUAAAUAUCUGUUCACCUAUCUCUCUUGAAAACUACACAUUGAAUAUAUUAUAAUAUGAUGUGGGCAUACACUUGAAAUCAAUUUUUAUACCUACCUCAUUCUCCAAACUGAAGGUGAGCUCCUUGGAUAAGUUAUUACUUAGUAGGCUUUCAAAUUAUUUCACUGAGACUUUAGAGAUAUGUUAUAGUAUUUGAAUUAAUUUAUAAAUUUGUAGUUGCAGUGUAGACAAUGUAGAUUAGAGUUCACCAUUGAAUACCUUCCUAUAAAAAUGUUCCAGAAUGCUAUAAUCCUUAUUCUCUGUCAGUCUUUCAUAUAUUGCAAAAAUCAACUCCUCCUCAACUUGACAAAUUUAUUUUCAGAGAAGGAAGGCAGGAUGGGAAUGUGGAGAAAUGAAUAUAAGUUUAUUCAAGAACAGCUGUCUGCACUUCGAUAGCCUCCAUAGAUAUUAGAGGGGGAAAUAAUGAACUUCUAACAAGCUUUCCACUAUCAUAGCUGGUGAAUACAUAAAAUAACACGAAUGGAGAAAACUACAUUGGACAGUCCUGUUGAAGGUGUUGCUGGCUCUCUCCUUAACAUUUUGAAGAAGUAACAAUAAAAAUAUCUUGGGCCAAUAAUCAGACUGGCCCCUUGGCUCAAACUGGCUUCAUAAGUUUUAGGACCAUAUUUAUUUUUACAGUUCACAAUUGUGAGUGGGAAUCUUUGGAAGGACAAUUCUUCUCUCCUUCCAGAGAUUGUCCAAUGUUUUUCCAGUAACAAUAUGACAUGGAGAAGGAAAUCACACCAAUCCAUAUUGAAGAGGAUUUGUUUUUAUUUUAACUCUCUGUUUACUUGGGAUGCAUCAGUUAAAUAUUGAAAGCAAAGAUUCAUAUACUUGUGCUCAACAGAAAUACCGUAUAUGCCGCCGUAUUAGGCGACCCGGCGUAUAAGACGACCCCCGUCUUUAUAGCCGGGCCGCAUUCCUAGA